AGCGACUGUAGGCAUCUCAGUUCUUCCAUGUCAGACUUGUUUUCAUGGGAAGGGUGAUGCUGUUCCAGAGGUGGGUCGGGCUUACAUUUAGGGUCGGAUCUUUCUCAUCGCUGUCUUCGGGGAGGAUCAAACCGCCCCUCUUUGAAAUAGGGAAGGAGACACACGUGUGUAUCUGCAGGAGUCGCUCUCGUAGCUACGGAACAGUAAUGGCAGAGGAAGCAAAGAAACUCGCCGCGUACGCUGCAGUGGACAACCACAUACAGACCAACCAGGUCGUUGGGGUUGGUAGUGGCUCUACAAUAGUGUAUGCUGUGGAUAGGCUGGCGGAGAGAGUACGACAAGAGAAGUUGAAAAUUGUAUGUGUCCCCACCUCGUUCCAGGCACGGCAGUUGAUUCUGAAGCAUGGCCUCACGCUCUCUGAUCUGGACAGGCAUCCAGAGCUGGAUGUUGCCAUUGAUGGUGCUGAUGAAGUGGAUGCAGGCCUCACUCUAAUCAAGGGAGGAGGAGGCUGUCUGACCCAGGAGAAGAUUGUAGCUGGUUGUGCCAAACACUUCAUUGUCAUCGCAGACUUCAGGAAAGACUCAAAGUCUUUAGGCCAGCAGUGGAAGAAGGGGGUCCCCAUAGAGGUUAUUCCCAUGGCGUAUGUCCCCGUUUCCAGGACUAUUGCCAAGAAGUUUGGUGGAGAGGCUGUAUUGAGGAUGGCCGUGAGCAAAGCGGGUCCUGUCGUGACUGAUAACAGCAAUUUCAUUCUGGACUGGAAGUUUGAGCACAGCCAGAACUGGAAGGAAGUCAACACAGCCAUCAAAAUGAUCCCAGGUGUGGUGGAAACUGGGCUGUUUGUGGGGAUGGCAGAGAAGGCUUACUUCGGCAUGGAGGACGGGAGUGUGAAGGUCAGAGACCCGCCAAUCAUCUAAGACUACACCACUCAACUGAGACCUCGCCUGCGGAACACUCAACUCAGCGAUGUUCAGCCUGACACCUCAAGUGCCCAUGAAGAUACACACACACACACACACACACACACACACACAGCUAUACCUCUGUAAAUGUUCCCUUACUUUGGGUGUAAGCUACUAACAAUUUUCUACUUGUGUACCCAGAGAGCCUCUCUCGUCUCCUCUUGUAAAGUCCAGGUCAGGUGAGAUGGUCAGGUCAGAUGAAGACACUGGGGGUUGGAUGGGGAGGUGUAUUCCUCAAAGCAGAGUCACCAAAUUAUUUGAUCAAAUACAAUCCAAAAGUACAACACGACCCAGCACUUUUCACCCAAGACUUGACGAUGAGUCAGAUUUGGGCGCUUUCCAUGUUUGACUUGGCAUAGCUAUCUGACUGACAUGAAGAUUACGCUUUGUGGAAUAUCCCUCUGCACUUAUCCUAAUGGCUUCACUCUUCUGCCAAGGCAUUUCUGAAAGAUUAACAUCUUCUACCCACACUGGACCUCUUACUGACCGGUGCUAAAUCUGAGAGGGAGAGGCCACCUGAGUACUGUCUGUUUCUUCCUCUCUGCGUGUUUCUCUCGCUUGACUGAAAAACUAGGUAAUCGUGGAGGAAGAAGUUAAAUGUCUCUCCCUCUUUGACUGAGGGAUGAAUUUUAGCCUAAAAAUGCAUGUCUGUCAAUGUGACUUGACAGUUCACCACUUACUGCAUGUGUUGUCUGUUCACGCUCUCCAAAUCAUGCACAAUAGCCAUGAAUAUGCCACUCACAUGCAUUAGAGAUAGAAGAAAUGUCAGUAGUUCUUUUCAAUAUGUGCCUCAUGUUUGUUUCAGUGGUGGAACGGUUUGCUCGGUCAUUACCUGGAUCCUAGGCCCUGCAUAUUUUAGAUGCCUCUCCUGAACUAUACACAGUAGGUAAUAGACAGCAGACUGUGUGUGUGUGUGUGUGUGUGUGUGUGUGUGUGUGUGUGUGUGUGUGUGCUCUUGAUUGGCUAGUUUUGAUGCUAUCAGCCAAUCAGUGGUGUUGUGAUUGCCUGAUGAGCUUCCAAUUUUGCGGUAGCGCAGGAAGAGGCAUGUAAUAUGCAGUGCCAAGGGGUCUCUCACAUAAGCAGCACUAAAAAACCCUCAACACUGCGGUGGCUUUGGCCUUUCACCAUGGAACAAACAUGCAUACCCCCCCCCUCUCUCUCACUUUUGUUUACACAAACCAAAGGUCAGGGCAUAUUUUGCAGAUGGGAGAAGAGGGAGACCAGAAUAUUCAGGUUGGCUCAGAGUAACUUUUCACCAAAAUGUCUGUGUUCAUCCAUGUCCACAAAUAAUUUGUUGUCUCUCGGAUCUCUUGCUGUUUUAAUAUCACUCUUUUCUCAAGUGAGUCCCUGUUAUUAUUUCCCCUUGCGUUGCGAUCGGUACUGUUGUACUUGUGAUUGUAUCCUUGUUAGAAAAGCAGAAAUUUGCCUACUAAUUAAGAAUUUAUAUUUUUUCUUUCCUUAUUUUUAAGUUCAGUGUCAUGAAUUGUGUUAACUGUGUUCUAUGAGAACGUGCCUGUUUGCCAAUGGCCAACAUGGCCUUGUGAACUCUCAAAUGAACUGGCCUUAUUUCAAGUCUGUCUUUGUCUCUGUGGAUCAAUCAUCAGUCUUUCAGCUUCUAAAUGCUGUUGGGCCAUGGGGGCACUUUGUUGUUGAAAUGUAAGCUUAAGCAUCUUUAUGUUCAAUGUCUGUAUAAACCUAUGUUUCAGGGG